AUGGCUCCUUUCCAAGGGAAUAGCCGCAUAAGCAAGGCAUCAAGCAAGGCACCACGCAACAACCGACGCAAUGGGCCUGGUGCCUUCUCUUUCAGGGCCAAGAUAAACCUCUUUGCGCACGCUAGCUUCACGCCUCCCUACCCUCUUCUGAUGUUGACGACGCAGGUAUUGAUUGUAUCACCUGCUACAGAAGCUAACAGUGUUGAGUUGGGUCCAAGAAGCGCUGUUUCUAAGAACAUUGAAGCUCUCAGACGACAAACGCUAAACAGAGAUGUAGGUAAUCGUCAACCCUUCUACGGAGUCCACCAGGCUCAUUUUGAUCUUAGCCGCGGAGAAUCGGUCACUGCGCAUAUGCGUGGUACAGACAAGAUGUAUCACAAAGAUGACCUCGUACUUGGCACGAUUAUCUCGGCCCCUUACCACGGUCAGAAACGAGAUGACACUGUUUCGACAUACGACCACAACACAGGAGUGACAGCCUUUAGUGCUGUUUACUCCAAGUAUCGCAAAAUGGUCGUCAUCGAGUGUUGGGCAGAGCAUGUCGUCUGCUUGCCCAUCUACAGCUACAACAGCAAAGGUCUCGAAAACCGUCAAGGAAUGGUAAGUGAGUACAUGGAUAUCCGUGACGCCGAUGACAAGCGUCCUGCACCGGGAGACACUUGCGACAAGCCAUUGCUUGCUAUUCGUGACGACAACUGGCCCGGUAGAAACACAUUCAUUGCAGGUAAGUCAGUUGUCAAGCUAACUGAGAGGGCUGUCCACCUUUUGUUCCAAAAGUGUUCAAUUGAGGGAAAGCUUGAACCAGACCAUUUCCUUCGGCUGUACAAGGAAGUGGUCAUGUUGAACCACGAAAAAGCCCUUGAAGUGUUUGGCAAGCCCAAGCCCAUCGGGGAGUCCAAGUAG